CUUUCCGUGACCGCAGUCCCUUCUUCUUUACACUUCGAUCUUCAGCUAUGACAUCUAUUGGGACGGGAUACGAUCUCUCUGCCAGUACAUACUCCCCAGAUGGCCGUAUAUUCCAGGUCGAGUAUGCCAACAAAGCAGUCGAGAACUCUGGAACCGCCAUUGGUCUCCGUGUGAAGGAUGGGGUUGUGCUUGCCGUGGAGAAACUCGUGCAUUCGAAGCUUCUUGUACCAGGGGCCAACAGGCGUAUACAAACAGUAGAUAGGCAUAUUGGGCUUGCUACGGCUGGUUUGUUGGCCGAUGGACGCCACCUGGCGAACAGGGCAAGAGAUGAGGCUGCGAGCUACAGGGAUUGGUACCGUGAGCCACCCACAUUGAAGGCUGUCGCAGAUCGAUUGGGACUCUAUGUUCAAGCUUACACUCUGUACUCCUCUGUUCGCCCCUUCGGUAUCAGCACCAUCCUUGGAAGUGUUGACAAGACUGGCCCUCAACUUUUUGUAGUUGAGCCGAGCGGUGUAUUCUAUGGCUACCAUGGUGCAGCAGUCGGCAAAGGUCGUCAACUCGCCAAGACGGAGCUUGAGAAACUCAAGCUGUCUGAGCUGACCACCAGAGAGGCCGUUCUGGAGGCUGCACGAAUCAUUCACCUUGUUCACGACGAUCACAAGGAGAAAGAGUUCGAGCUCGAGAUGUCUUGGAUUGGAGAUGAGACGGGCGGUCGUCAUCUACCUGUGCCCAAUGAUUUGUUCGAGGAGGCCGACCGGAAAGCUAGGGAGGCUCUGGAAAACUUUGAGUGAUCGUUGGUGUGGCGCUGUGUUGUUGUCUUCUGGGACUGUACUUUUAAUCAAUGUCAUACGCUUUCGUCCUCGCCCUUGUGCUUAUCCUUCACGCCACAUUCUGCGUACACGAUACGAUCGUUGUUCU